CUUCCUACCACAAAAUUAACCGGGACUCUCCAUCGCCUUCAGGGCGCCUCGGAAACCAGGAGAUUCUGAGGUUAGACUUGACCUUUUACCCCUGUGUGCGGAAUAGUGUAAGAUCAUGAAAAAAAUUCAUCCUCUAAUAUCCCUCUGACCCAGUUAGCCUGCAAUUUGGAAGGUCUUUUCGCCCACGUGAUCUUUGACAGUGGUUUAAACCAAAAACUUUGUUUUCCUUGGUUUCCUGAGUGUAAAAUGAGAGAGAGACCUUUCACCAUUUCAUACCCUGGAGUGCGUUAGAAAAUAAAUGUAUCAGACCUCGUGAAGAACCAUUUUGCAAGAUGAUACUGGUUAUGGAAACCAAUAUUGGUUAUUACUUGAUCAUCCUAUUUUGUUAUUGUAAUGAAGAAUUUUCUAUGAAAGGACAUCAGACACUUCAUAGAAAUAUAUAGAGUAUGCUACAGAAAAAGAAAACUUUUGUAAACCGGGUUUAAGGUUUAUAGAGCACAAAAUGAUUUGAGUGACAUUUGCUUAAUUCUCUCAAAAACUGUAUAACUACUACCGUUUUAGAUGCAGAGAAAGUUAAUCCAUUACAUACAAUGUAUGCCUUAGGGCAUUUAAUUCUCUUCCGGAUUUCCUGAUGUGAAGGACUAGCACUUUGAGAUCUUUAUUACAUAGUGCCUCAUUUUAAAAAGAAAAUACAAAUCUAUUAUGUUUAUAUUGCUUCAGUUUUAAAUUUAAAGGAACAGUGUGUCUAAUGGGACAAAUCAAUAGUCGUGACAUAAUGAAAAUAUAAUUGAUUAAGAACUGCAUUUAACCCUUUCAAAUACUAAUCCUUUUGAGGCUAAUAGACCAGAGGAUUAAUUUAGUGCAAUAGAUAGUGCAAUUGCGUAGGAGGACACUUAUACCUAGUAGACCCAUUUGAAUAAAAUUGAUAACUUGUUCCAUUAUGAUACUUAAAAGCCCCAAACAAAUCUCUCUGGAAUAGGAAAAGUAAAGAAUUUUCAAGAAGAUUGAGCUGUUCACUGAUGAGUUCAACAACCAUGUCUUUGAUGUCUGUGAACCAAAAGAGAAAAGGCUGGAUUGUUGGAGGAGCUGGAAAAAGCUUGUUGGCCCUGGAGCAUUGACCUUGGCAUUCUUCUCUGCCCCUUGCAAUAGAGUGCUACCAAAGUCACACUUCCAGGUAGAUGCCACGUUGAAGGGCACACGUUUCCUUGGGGAAUAUCUUGUUUCAUGUGGGAGUAGGUGCUUUAGGUGCUUUAGGGACUUCCCUUAGUAAUACAAAUGUAAUAGUACAUUCAUUUUAAGAGGGAAGAGUAGAAAAGGAUUGUUUUUGGUUGACUUAGCCAAAACUUGUCCUUACAAAACCUCUUGAGUGUGCUGAAUUGUGAACAGGAAAUUGGGGGUGAGGGGAGAGAGGGAACCAGGGCACUCUUAAAGAGAAAAAGACCCCUGGGUGUAUAGUCAAGUGGUCCUGGGACUGAAUCUUGCCUUUACAUGCACAUCAACAAUCUUAUGUACUUGCUAAAUAACAAAUUAUAUAUAUUCUGCAUGUUUACACAAACAGUUCUUGUGCUAGAGAGUCCACAUCAUUGAAACUCUGUGGGAGAAUUUUGCAAAUGAUCCAAUCCUACAGGCUUGUACUUUCUUGAGCCCCACUCACCUUUCCUUUCUACCUCAAACCUCAGUCUGACUCUUCCAGAAAUAUAGGGGAUGGUUCCCUUCUCUUCUCCCAUUCCCUACAUAACCCUGAGUUUAAAUACAAACACACAUUUUAAUGGUUUGAUAAGGCUUAUUUCCAGAUAAGGAUAUUUCAUUUUUCCCUGCACAUUAAACUUCUAUCACAUUUACUGAUAAAAUGCCACAGCUGUUGUAUUAUCAACUACAAGUUCAGUCUUCUACUCAGGUACCAAUUAAUUUCUGUUUCUUUGAGUAUCAUGGACUGAAUUUUGUCCCCCACUCAUUCCUGUGUUGAACACCUAACCUACAAUGUGUCUGUAUUUGACAUAGGGCCUUUAAGGAAGUAAUUAAUGUUAAAUAAGGUCAUAAGGGUGGAGUCGUAAUCCAACAAGAUUAACAUUCUUAUAAGAGGAGGAAGAGACACCAGCGUCUGCAAGCACAGAAGGCCAUGUGAGGAGCCAGAAAACCACGGCUCUCUGCCAGGCAUCAUGCCAAGGUAGGCGGACCACUUGAGGUUAAGCUCUAGGGACAUAGCAGUGAAGACGGUAGAAGAGGCCUCCAUCUCACUGGAACAUUUUCUAGUAGAGGAGACUGUACUCAGAAGGCAAAUAAAUAGAAGACCAGAUACGAAGAAAAGAUACCUUCCUACUGAGCAGCUGCCCAGCUCCUGCUCCGUUUUGCUUGGGGGUAGCAGCUCCGGCCACAGAAAGCAAGCCGGUAAGUCUCUCCAGGUAGGACUUGCUGCAACCAGCUGCUGGACUGAUUUGAAAUGGGACUUUGCAUACUCUCCAAAGUAUGGUGAGUUGGUGCUGACUUCAAAGGUGCCUGGUGAAGGAAGAGAAGGUGGAUCACAGAGACUAAGGGGAGAGGGAGAAGCCCUGCUCCUCUUCUCCCCACCAAGGCACAAUGAGCAACAUCUGUCAGAGGCUCUGGGAGUAUCUAGAACCCUAUCUCCCCUGCUUGUCGACGGAAGCAGACAAGUCAACGGUGAUUGAAAAUCCAGGGGCCCAUUGCUCUCCCCAGUCACAGAGGCAUGGCCACUACUUUGUGGCUUUGUUUGAUUACCAGGCUCGGACUGCUGAGGAUCUGAGCUUCCGGGCAGGUGACAAACUUCAAGUUCUGGACACUUCACAUGAGGGCUGGUGGUUUGCCAGACACUUGGAGAAAAGGCGAGAUGGCUCCAGUCAGCAACUACAGGGCUAUAUUCCUUCUAACUACGUGGCUGAGGACAGAAGCCUACAGGCAGAGCCGUGGUUCUUUGGAGCAAUCAGAAGAUCAGAUGCAGAGAAACAACUGUUAUAUUCAGAAAAUAAGACGGGUGCCUUUCUAAUCAGAGAAAGUGAAAGCCAAAAAGGAGAAUUCUCUCUUUCAGUUUUAGAUGGAGGAGUUGUAAAACACUACAGAAUUAGAAGACUGGAUGAAGGGGGCUUUUUUCUCAUCCGGAGAAGAACCUUUUCAACACUGAACGAAUUUGUGAGCCACUACACCAAGACGAGUGACGGCCUGUGUGUCAAGCUGGGGAAACCAUGCUUAAAGAUCCAGGUCCCAGCUCCAUUUGAUUUGUCAUAUAAAACUGUGGACCAGUGGGAGAUAGACCGCAACUCCAUACAGCUUCUGAAGCGAUUGGGAUCUGGUCAGUUCGGCGAAGUAUGGGAAGGUCUGUGGAACAAUACCACACCAGUAGCAGUGAAAACAUUAAAACCAGGUUCAAUGGAUCCACGUGACUUCCUGAGGGAGGCACAGAUAAUGAAGAACCUAAGACAUCCAAAGCUUAUCCAGCUUUAUGCUGUUUGCACUUUAGAAGAUCCAAUUUAUAUUAUUACAGAGUUGAUGAGACAUGGAAGUCUGCAAGAAUAUCUCCAAAGUGAUGCUGGGUCAAAAAUCCAUCUGACUCAACAGGUAGACAUAGCGGCACAGGUUGCCUCUGGAAUGGCCUAUCUGGAGUCUCGGAACUACAUUCACAGAGAUCUGGCUGCCAGAAAUGUCCUUGUUGGUGAACAUAAUAUCUACAAAGUAGCAGAUUUUGGACUUGCCAGAGUUUUUAAGGUAGAUAAUGAAGACAUCUAUGAAUCUAAACACGAAAUAAAGCUGCCGGUGAAGUGGACUGCGCCCGAAGCCAUUCGUACUAAUAAAUUCAGCAUUAAGUCCGAUGUGUGGUCAUUUGGAAUCCUUCUUUAUGAAAUCAUUACUUAUGGCAAAAUGCCUUACAGUGGUAUGACAGGUGCCCAGGUAAUCCAGAUGUUGGCUCAAAACUAUAGACUUCCCCAACCAUCCAAUUGUCCACAGCAAUUUUACAAUAUCAUGUUGGAGUGCUGGAAUGCAGAGCCUAAGGAACGACCUACAUUUGAGACACUGCAUUGGAAACUUGAGGACUAUUUUGAAACAGACUCUUCAUAUUCAGAUGCAAAUAACUUCAUAAGAUGAACACUGGAGAAGAAUAUCAAAUAAUAAAGUAGCAAAACAAAUUCAAAUAGUCAGUUCCAAAGUACAAUGUUAUCAACCAGCUCCACAAUCAGUUUAUCCUGACGUAUUCAAGUGAUAGGAUAAAGUUGGCCAUGUAUUAUAAAAAAGAUUAUUUGUGCAUUUUAUUGACUGGGCCACACUGAAAGACAAUCAAGGUGAUAUGUAAUUUCCUCACUCCGUGGUAAAAUUAAGCACACUAAACAAAGUUAUUUUUCUUUUUAAGAGAUACUUACAUUUCAAUUUAUUGUUUGAAAUGCCGAUCAAGAGAAUCAACAGAUGAUAGUCAGUUUUUACUCAGUGACUGUUGUAGCGUCUUCCUGUUUACUGAUUAGAGUGGUUAUUCAUUAUUCCUCAGAUUGCUGAAUCCCAUCAGGCUGUUAUUAUAAAGGAAUUUGAUUGCUUUGCUGCACAGCAGGACCUGUGCUUUGAGAUUUUUUUUUUUUCUCUUUUAAAAUAUCCUGUAACUACAAUGAUGGUAAAGCCAUGUUAAAUGACUUGAUUGUACUUGGAGUAAUUGCACAUUUUUUUCUAUGCAAAAAAAAAUGAUGCAGCUGUUGAGAAAACGAAUUAAAAUCUUUUUCAUUUUGCAGAAGGAAAUGAUGGAAUUUUUCUAUACCUCAGUAUGUGUCAACUGAGAGUCAUGUACAUUAGUUUUAAUGUCUUAAUAUUGAGAAUCAGGUUGCAAAACUGAUGAGUUAUUAUCUAUGGAAAUGUGAGAAAUAUCUAAUAGCCUGUAAAGGCUGAGAAAUAAGUAUCAAAAUAGUUUAGGAAAAUGAGAGGAGAACAGUAGGAUUGCUGUGGCCUAGACUUCUGAGUAAUUAAUAAAGAAAAAGAAAUACCCUUUGGCCUA